UCCCCAAGUUCUAAAAUAACGACCACCCAAAGUUGGCUCCAUCUCAGUGUCGAUCACCCUCAACUUCACAAUGCCACUACUUCACUCUCUCUCCCUCCUCCCAACUUCAUCAUCUUCUUCCUCAUCAUCCUUGGUCUCUUCUCCCCAUCCAAAUGCAAACCCUCACUUCAUCAAGUUCCGAACCUCCUACCGCGAAAACGUCCGCUACCUCAAAACCCUACGCGUCAUCCGCCCUGACACAAAACCCAACAAGCUUCCCCUCCCCGACGCCACCGACCACCUCCUCGCCACCGUUAACUUCCUCAAGUCCAAGGGCUUCUCCGACUCCGACUUCCAAAGACUCGCCUUCCUCUCCCCCAACCUCUUCUCCUCCAACUUCGACCCCACCGACGUCGCCCCCAUCUUCGACUUCUUAGCCGACGACCUCUCCGCCUCGCCCGAACAAUCCUGCGGCCUCAUCCUCCGCUGCCCCGACCUCCUCUUCUCCGACGUCGAGUUCUGCCUCCGUCCGACGCUGCAUUUUCUCAAACAGGUGGGAGUCGACAAGCUGAGCACGCCGACAAACCUGAACGCGCAUUUGUUGAACACAAGGGUGGAGAAGCUGAGAGGGAAGGUAAGGUUCCUGAGGAGCUUAGGGUUUUCGUACGAGGAGGCGAUGAAGGUGUGCGAGAGGCUGCCGGCGAUAUUCGGGUACAGUGUGGAGGGGAAUUUGAGGCCAAAAUACGAGUAUUUGGUGGAGGAGAUGGAGAGGAGUGUGGAGGAGUUGAAGAAGUUUCCGCAGUAUUUUGGGUUCAGCUUGGAGAAGAAAAUAGUGCCAAGGCAUUUACAUUUGAAGGAGAGGAAUGUGAGGAUUGCUUUGAAUAGGAUGUUGUUGUGGAGCGACCAGAGGUUUUAUGCAAAAUGGAAAUAAUUAAUCAACAGAUUUGUACUGUAAUCGACGAAAAUAAAAAUAAAAAUCAACAAAUUUGUA